GUCCUUUUAAACCCCUCUCAAGGCCUAAUCCUCGGCUCUAGAGAGAGAAAGUGCGUUUUCCACAGAGAGAGAGAGAGAGAAGGGGGGACAGUCCGGCAGUUGUUGAGGUCGGUGGGAAAGUAAACUUAGUUGUAUAUACCGAAAUACAAACGGAGAUUGAAUGUGGGAGUUUUGGAGAAGGCAUAGGAGGAAGGUUUACCUUACACUUGGGGCUUUAGGAAGUGGGUAUCUUCUGUACAAGCUUUAUGAUGCUCACAGACGCAGGCUCUCCGAUCUGGAGAGAGAACUUGCGGGGGAGCGCGAAAAUGAUGAGCUCAUUAAGGCCCAAAUGCAAGCGCAUUUUGAGAACAUUCAACGAAUAUCGGAUACAACAACAUUGCCUCAUUCAAUGCUCGACUUGAGUAGUAGGGUGGCAGAAGAGCUAGACCUUUUGCACUUGACAGAGAGGCUAAUAAGAGGGAAGGGUCAGCCCAACACUCUGACAUCUUCUGAGAAACUUGAGCUAUGGGAGAGACUCAAAAUUCUAAGUUUCACAAGAAUGGUGGUUUCCCUUUGGGCAAUGACUAUGACUAGUUUAUAUAUUAGAGUUCAAGUCAACAUAUUAGGGAGACAUUUAUAUGUUGACACAGCACGUGGUCUUGGAAGUUUUGAUCUACUUGAGGAAGCUGAUCUAAUUGAUAGAAAUGAUCAGCAGCAGUUUCUGGCAAGUGCUGAUUUUCUUUCAAAUUACGGCUUGCCGACUUUGAUUUCUAAUAUGCAGGCAGCAGCGUCUGAAGUACUCAAGGGAAAGCAGUUGAAGGAUUUGUUCAACACCACUGUUCUUCAUGAAACCAUUACACAGAUAUUAGAUGUGUUCAUGAGCAUGCGAAGCCCUCAUCACUGGGUGGACUAUUUAAUGCCAGAGGAUGCUAGAUCCUACAAACUUGUUGCAUUCUCCAACAAUGGCAACCCAGAUCUUUCUGAUGGCACCACAUUUGACCAACUCAUGGUGGAGACACAUGCAGUGUUAUCCAGUGCCGAAUUUGGGAAUGUUGUUGACAUAUCAUUAAAAACAGUGGUAGAUGAACUAAUGGAAGAUAUUAAGGUUCAAUUGGGGGAAGGCAAUUUGUCGUCAGGGAUGCCACUGGCCAAACUUCUGCCUCGAAUUGCACAAUUCAGCCCUCUACUGCUUGAAGAACCUAGCAAGAACAGGUUUAUUCAGAUAAUCCGAAACAUAGCUGAAGUUGAACUAUUUUUCACUCUUCUUUAUGCAAACAUGCCAACCUCAUAGGUUAGUGAGCUAGAUUGUAAUUUCACUUUCCAUGGAGGCAUUGAUCUUAAAGGAUUUAGGUUUGGGCCUUCAAAGUUUCAACAGCUUAGCAGGAAUAAAUGAAAAGAUGAAGAUGGUUCGGUGAGAUUGUAAUUUGUUGCCGGUACUGUUUACUGUAUUAUGUAUUUUGAGCCUUGCCAACAUUAAUUUGUUUGGCCAUGGUGAGCUAUUCUUGCUUUAUAGGAGGUUCUCCUCUUGAAUAUAGUAGGAUCAUGCCGGAAAGUAACAUUUCUUCUAUGGCCUCGUUUGGGAAGUUGGCUAUUUUAAUGGGUUAUAUUAGUUUUUGAUUA